AUGGCUAACAAACCUGGUAACAACUGUGAGGUGGAGGAGCAGUGGCCCCCUUUGCUGAGUCGCAAACAGCGACGAACGCAAAGGAGAGCCCUCCUCCAAGAGGAAGAGGAUCAGACUACCAACAAGGACAAUCUUCUGCAGGUCUCCCAGGAAGAUCUGCUGAAAGAAAUACAGAUGUUGAGAGCUCAAUUAAGAGAGGAACAGGAGGAGAAUGAAAAAGAGAGAGCUCUCCAUCAGGAACAAUAUGAACGCAAGUAUGUCUAUGCAGAAAAUCUCCAGAAACAAAUACACCGCCUGAAAAGGGAGAAGUCCACUGCAUAUGACAAACAAAUGAAAGACGUCAGGGCAGAGGUAAAGGAUGAGCUCAAGGGACAAACCACUGCCAACGCUUUACUUCGAGGGCAACUUGGUCAAGUUAAGUUGCAGGAGAAAGAGCUAAAGGACCAGAUCGCCACUCUCACCCAGCACCUGGAAAAGGAGCAGGUGGAGAAGCAGGACCUCAUGCGUCUUGUGGCCGAACUUCAGUCCUCCCUUAAGGAAAAGGACCAGACCGCCGCAGCAGCUCAGACCAGAGUGGACAUUCUGGUCCAAACCGAACUUCAAAUCCUACUGGAUGAGAAGGUGAGCCUGGAGUCAACUGUGGCAGAGCUUAGGUCCGCUCUCUGUGUGGAGAAACAGUCUGUUGAAGUCCUCCACGGCAGAGAGAAAGAGCAGAGCCAAAUAAUCCGAGAGGAGAAGGCAAAGUCACAAGCCUUAAAUCAGACUCUCGAAACCGAACUUCAAAUCCUACUGGAUGAGAAGGUGAGCCUGGAGUCAACUGUGGCAGAGCUUAGAUCCGCUCUCUGUGUGGAGAAACAGUCUGUUGAAGUCCUCCACGGCAGAGAGAAAGAGCAGAGCCAAAUAAUCCGAGAGGAGAAGGCAAAGUCACAAGCCUUAAAUCAGACUCUCGAAACAGAGAGAAAAACUUUUAGCGCUGUGAUUGAGCGGUGCCACACUACUUAUGCUUCCCUUCUGCAUCUAAAAGACCAGCUCGCCCAGAAACUAAACAACUCCAAGCAGGAGACGGAGCAGCUGAAGGUGCAGCACCAGGAUGAGCUCAGUGCUCUGCAGAGCACUGAGGAGAACAAGAGGGCCCUGCUGCAGGACAAGAUCCGGGAGCUUUCUGAGGCUCUGACCUCUUCAGAACAGACUAACCAGGAGCUCCAGGACAAGAUUAUGACCAAGGAGGAAUGCAGGGAGAACAUCAAUCAAAAGAAGAGGCGAGGAUGGUUCACGCGGUUCUUCUGUCGCACUUAG